AUGUAUUUCACAGCAAAAGUACAGAGUUUUUAUAGCGCGUCGACCGAUAUAACCAACGAUUUGGACACCAAAGACAUUCCCAUAGCCUUUUGGGAUUUAGGCGUUUUGGGUGUAUUCGAGGGGAAUAGACCUAUUUUACGAGUGGGUGACCCGGAGCUCAUUAAACUCAUUCUGGUGAGGGAUUUCCACGUAUUCCGGGACCGAUCGCAUGGGGCGACCAUAAACCACCCGCUUCUCGAACUGAGUAUAGGGCUGGCACUCGGCGACCAAUGGCAACGCAUUCGACAUAUAGUAACGCCAACAUUCACGGCGCGAAAGAUGAAGCUCAUGUAUCCACUG